AUGAAACCAUUUAAUGAACUCGGUAUUUGUAUUUUGAAUGGUUAUAUUUUUGUUUUCGUCUAUUUUGAUUUUAAUUUUAAUUACAUCAUUAAUGAAAUCAUCAUAACCAUUUAUAGUGUUGAAAUUUAA